AUGUCGAGCCACCGUUGUACCCCCACGAGUGAGGCUGAGGCCAAACAGCGCAAUGCGUUGGGGGCCAUGGCUAGCGACGCUGAGCUCGCUGAUCUGUUGCGCCCCACGAGUAUCAAAAGCAACGAUGUCGAUACAUCCAUUCAAAUUAUCCGGGGGCACCGAAAGGCAGCGGUGGACCUGACCAUUCACAGCGUUCGGGAAACUCGAGAUGUGUAUUUGGCCUUCUUGAUGGACACCACGGGCAGCAUGGCGUCGCAUUUGGUCGCAGUGAAAAUGCAAAUCUCAGCUAUUGUGGCUUCCAUCUCCAACUUCUGUCAAGCUGCUGUCCACGUGGCGUUUGUGGGCUACAAAGACCACUGCGACGGCAAUGACCACAUCGAUGUGCUUCCGUUUACGACUGACGUGGCGUACUUCGAACGUUUUGUCCGAGCUGUGCCGGCGAAAGGUGGGGGGGAUGUCCCCGAAGACGUGUUAGGGGGGCUCUUGGCCGCGGUGACACAAUUGACAUGGCCCCACAACUCGACGAACGUACUGUUCCAUAUUGGGGACGCACCGCCUCACGGCAGACAGUUUUACGGGGGCCGAGACUCGUUUCCUGAUGGCCACGAGAAUGACAAGCCCCUGAGCGUGUUGUUUGGGCUGUUGCAUGCGUUGGACAUUCAGUACAACUUUGGGCAUAUGACCGGAUGCACGACGGAGAUGGAAACGUUGUUUCAGUCGAUGUGUCAUGAGUGUGCUGUACCGAUGACCGUGUUCAACGUUGCCGACCAUGUCAACAUUGCACCCAGCGUCGUGUCGGGAGUCACCAUGAGCAGUCGAAGCAGCAGCGUUUCGUCGGCCAAGUCGGGUCGCAACAACGUCGUUGACGUGGCGCCGCCCCCUCCAGUCCCCCAAUACCAACGCCGUACUAUUUCGUUUUCGCCCGACGUACCCGACUGGUCAACGUUGGAGGUGCUCAAGGGGACGGUGGAGUCGUACAUGCCGCCAGUCGACGUGGACGCCAUUGUCGCCGGGACCUUGGACACCCUCGUCCGCCCCAUUAAGCUGCGUGUGGCCCCCCAGCCGUUUGCGUUUGGCUCGGAGCGGAUGGUGUAUUACGCCCAAGAGUACCACAAACACAGCAGAAUCAGCUCCGUAUCGUCGUCCAAGUCCACGUCAAGUUGCGCCAGUUGGACGGACGUGGCGGACGAGUUUGAGACGACAAGUGGUGACGCAGCCUUCGACUAUCAAGUCGAAGCCAUGGUGGCCAAAUCGUUUGUGUAUGGGGGGGAGGCUUCGGCAAUGCUGGGGGGUAAGCCAGAGGGCUGUCGCUACAUGAAAGCGAUGGAGUGCCAAACGGCAGCCUCGUUUUUGGCGCGCCUAUUCAACCACGAGGCCAAGCCCCGACACAAGAUUUGCUUUUUGCACGCCAAGGUCGUGCGCGUCCCCACGACCAUUGCAGACUCGUAUGUGUACUAUGGCUGGGAAAAGCACUUUGAAUCGGCCACUUCUGGCACCAUCCCCCCCCUGCUCAAGCUUACCAACAACCUCGGGUAUGUAUGUGACGACGAAUCGAUGGCGGACGUCGUGGCCGUGGCAGCCGCGUUUUCGCACUGGACGUGGCAUGUGACAAAGGGCAAGUUGAUGGUGGUCGACCUCCAGGGCCAACUCACGUCCAAGGGGCUUGUCUUGACGGACCCCGCAGUGCACUGUGUGGAUUUGGAGCGGUUCAACAGUGGAACCAACUUGGGCGUGCGGGGCAUGGACGCGUUUUUCCAGUCGCAUCAGUGCAAUUCCAUUUGCAAUGCAUUGCAAGUAACGACGCCGUAG